GGUCGGACUGGUCCAUUUGCCGGGGAGGUCGGCGGCUCGACUAUCCGUUCCGGGGCGGUCCGAGCCGGUUAACCUCAACGACCGCAAAACAACAGGGAAAGAAAGAAAAGCAGAUAUUAUUGUUGCUAGCAGACUGUGACUUCAUGAAUAAUCUCAACGUGCCAGAACAGCAUUGGAAUAUUUUCCCCAAUCACCAGGAUGGUGGUGGCGAUGGAAGCAAGUGGAAUUAUGCUUUGCUGGUGCCUGUGCUGGGACUGGCUGCCUUUCGCUGGAUCUGGUCCAGAGAAUCUCAGAAGGAGAUUGACAAAGCAAGAGCAGAAUGUAAGAAUAUUAUAAACACGACAGAAAAAGAUCUGAAAAUGAAGUAUGAAGACACAAUUCUUCAGAAUCGACGCUUGCUUGCACGUUGUGAGUUGGAGCAGGAGAAGCUCAAAAGUAAAGUCCAGAGUUACCGUGAAGCCCUGUUGGCACAGAGCAGGCAGCUGGUUGAGGAACGUAAACAACUGGAAGAAGAACGUUUAAAUUUAGAGCAGAAAAAGCAUUCCCUCCAAUAUUCUGGAGCAGCAGGAGCUCUGUAUCAAGACAUAAUGGAAAGGGAAGCAGUGUGGCAAAGCAAAGCUAGAGCAGUAAUAAAAGAGUUUGAAAAUUCCCUGGUUGAUAGACAAAAUCUGUUCUGCAGCUAUUUCAUACCGCGACAAGAAAGACUGGAAUUAGAAAGGAAGAUGCUUAACCAAGCUGUCACAAACCCAGUUGCUAGAGAAUUAGAUAUUGAAACUGGCUUGAACAAUAUAUUUAAAUACGAAACACACUGUGCAAAUGUACAAAACAGGGACAAGAGACAGAACGGCAGGUUAAUGUGGCUAUAUCUAGCAUACUGGGAGCUGCAAGCUGAUCUGAAGAAAUUCAAGAAAGUUGAAGCAGCCUUUUUGGCAAAACCAGCUGACUGAUUUUUCUAAAAAAAUGUAAUUGUACCAGGAAUUGCUGAAAAAUAGCCAAUAACUGUCAUUAUUAGUCAACAAAAUAUUCUGCAAUUUGAAAUGAGGAGAUGUGCCAUGAAUUCUGAUCUUCACAAAUUGCCAUGCAUAGAACUAAAAAAAGGUGUAUUAUCAUGAACCCAUCUAUAGGUAUUAAUUAUGUCAUGAAACUGUUGGAUUCGUGUUGUCAAUGCAAAUUAAUCUCAAACGUUGCUAAAAGGAGACGAUGUCAAAGCACGGUAUUCAGAAAUGCAAAUUAGAUUUUUGUUCAAAAAGAUAAUUUUGGGAUUCAGUAUGUGAGUAAUUUGAGACAUGAUGUGGUAAAUUUAUCAUAAUUCUUGGUGGCGUGGAGAAACAUGUUGUUGGAUCAAAGACCUCCACCACUGGAUUUUGCUCAUGUUUAUUUGAACCUGCUCUAGCUUGUCCAACAAUUCCUGCAGUUUUGUUGAAAACAGUUCCCACAUUCCUGAUUGUGAGUGAUGAGAGUAUUUUGUGGAUCAAAAACGUUUGUACAUUUUGCACACUUACACUUCUAAUUCUUCAUUAACUUGUAAAGGUCCAUGCAGCAAUUACUAAACACAGUUGAAUUAAAAUGUCAUCUAUGAUUGUUCCUUCACAUUUCCUUUAUCUCUCUUAGUACAGUCCUCUCUCUCUACUGAAUUUGCCACAUAUUCAUCUUAUUUCCUUCUCCUGUCUUUUUGUUUUACCACUAAAGGGGAAAGAUGAUUGGAAGUGAUGUUUAAAUGGAGCCAUGUUUGACUUUGACAUUGGUAAGCCACUGCCAGCUUGCAUUCCCUACAAUCUGUCGUGCAAAAAUAGUGUUACCAUUGGGUGAGAUAUAAAGACCAAUAUCUGCAGCUACAGAUUUAGCUGAACUCUUGUAACAUUCACUAACAAAGGAAACAAACAGAUGAUUGAAGUAAAGUCCAUUGCACUUUCACUUACCUGUCAAAUAGACUAUUCGGCCUUUCACAUCUGUCACUCAGUGUCUGAUCUGAAUGUGGAUUCAGCUCUGCUUUGAUGCUCCCCCUUACGCUUCCCCUUCUCUCCGUAAUCCUUGAUUUGUUUGUAGGUCAAAAAUCUGUUUAACUCAACUUUGAACAUAUUAGAUGACCUCUAUGUGAAGACAGAUCUGCCAAUAAAGAAAUUGGAGGAUUGUCCAUAAAUCUCCUUUUUAAACAAUGUUUGAAAUUAACUUUGACUUUCUAUUUUAGUAUCAAAUAAAGGUUUUUUUGGACAUCCAACCAAAAACCUAGGAAGAAGAAUUAAGGACUGAUAACUGGGAUGGUAAGCACAAUACAAAGGUCACCACUUUCUGAAGUUGUUUCUAUCAUCAUACUCAGUGACGUUUGCUUUAUGCUGAAUUUGUUGAAAUAUUUUUGCCGGAACAGUGAUGGUCAGUUGCACAAGUAAGUAAUAAGGGGAAGAGCAGACAACAUUGAUCAACAAUGUAUUUCAUUAAAUCUCUAAUCAGUCAAUUUAUGACAACGGUGCCAAUAAAUUAGAAACUUCCAUGAUUGAUCUGUUUCACAGUUUACUCUGGAUUAUUCACUGCUUCACAAGGAGCAUGAACUGAGCAACUUCAGUUGUAUCCAGGGGUUCGGUAGAUGGAUGCAUUUGAGUGCAGCUUUGUUUUUAAAUAUCUCUGCUUUAUAAAAAUUUUGUUGUGCUAAUCUGAAUAAAGAUGUUGAGAACUGUGGUGAAGGGAUAUGUACAGCUUUGUAGAAUUUGGAUCAUGUAUAAGGGUUUUCAAAUCAAGUGAUUUUGAAUUGUAAGGUAUUGAAAUCUUGUGACUGAAUUAUGUGUGAAGAAUCAGAUAAAAGUCUUGAAUUCUGCUGAAUUUCUUUUUUUAAAUGGCUUUCAGAUAAGCAUGCUAUGCUUUUUUGAAUAUUUAUUGUUGCCUGUCCUUUUGGAGGAAUUAUGUUUAUCUCCAUGAAAUUUCAAUGCAAGUGGUGAUUUAUGCCUAGAACUGAUUAAAACCAUCCUAUAAAUAAA